CAGUGUGGUGAUUUAUUUUACAGUAGUGAUUCUCUGAAGAUGCAUACCUGUAUGGCCGAACACAUUGAUGAGAUAAAUAUUAAGUAUGAAGAAGUUGAUGAAAGUUUUAACAGUAACUUUGAUGUGACACAACAUGUGACUGUUGAUGAGAAAGAUAUUAAGUGUGAAGAGUUUGAUGAAAGUUUUAACAGUAACUAUGAUGUGACACAACAUGUGACUGUUGAUGAGAAAGAUAUUAAGUGUGAAGAGUUUGAUGAAAGUUUUAACAGUAACUAUGAUGUAACACGACAUGUGACUGUUGAUGAGAAAACUCGUAAAUGUCUGGAAAGUGGUCAAAGUUAUAACCAAAAGGGACAACUAAAGGAACAAAUAGUUGUACACACUGGUGAAAAGAAUUUUAAGUGUGGAGAGUGUGGUAAAAGUUAUUACAGGAAGAGCCAUCUGAACAGCCAUAUGGUUGUACACACUGGUGAGAAGAAUUUUAAGUGUGGAGAGUGUGGUAAAAGUUAUUUCACAAAGACCCAUCUGAAGAAUCAUAUGGUUGUACACACUGGUGAGAAGAAUUUUAAGUGUGGAGAGUGUGGUAAAAGUUAUUCCAGAAAGGACGAACUGAAGAGCCAUAUGGUUGUACACACUGGUGAGAAGAAUUUUAAGUGUGAAGAGUGUGGUAAAAGUUAUUCCAGAAAGAGCUAUCUGAAGAAGCAUAUGGUUGUACACACUGGUGAGAAGAAUUUUAAGUGUGAAGAGUGUGGUAAAAGUUAUCACAGAAAGGGCGAACUGAAGAGCCAUAUGGUUGUACACACUGGUGAGAAGAAUUUUAAGUGUGGAGAGUGUGGUAAAAGUUAUCACAGAAAGGGCGAACUGAAGAGCCAUAUGGUUGUACACACUGGUGAGAAGAAUUUUAAGUGUGAAGAGUGUGGUAAAAGUUAUUACACGAAGAUCCAUCUGAAGAGCCAUAUGGUUGUACACACUGGUGAGAAGAAUUUUAAGUGUGGAGAGUGUGGUAAAAGUUAUCACAGAAAGGGCGAACUGAAGAGCCAUAUGGUUGUACACACUGGUGAGAAGAAUUUUAAGUGUGAAGAGUGUGGUAAAAGUUAUUCCGUAAAGCGCUAUCUGAAGAAGCAUAUGGUUGUACACACUGGUGAGAAGAAUUUUAAGUGUGAAGAGUGUGGUAAAAGUUAUUACACGAAGAUCCAUCUGAAGAACCAUAUGGUUGUACACACUGGUGAGAAGAAUUUUAAGUGUGAAGAGUGUGGUAAAAGUUAUCACAGAAAGAACGACCUGAAGAGCCAUAUGGUUGUACACACUGGUGAGAAGAAUUUUAAGUGUGGAGAGUGUGGUAAAAGUUAUUUCACAAAAACCCAUCUGAAGAGCCAUAUGGUUGUACACACUGGUGAGAAGAAUUUUAAGUGUGGAGAGUGUGGUAAAAGUUAUUCCAGAAAAGGUGAACUGAAGAGCCAUAUGGUUGUACACACUGGUGAGAAGAAUUUUAAGUGUGAAGUGUGUGGUAAAAGUUUUUCCAGAAAAGGUGAACUGACGAAACAUAUGUCUUUACACAUUGGUGAGAAGAAUCUUACAUGAAAGUUGUGGGGAAAGAUCUUACAGAAAAUGAUGUGGAAAACUGUAUGGUCUUGCAUGCUGGUAGGAACUAUUUCAAGUAUAAAUACUGUAAUCGAUUAUAACAUGCUCUUCAAAUUCCUGGGGUUAGGUUCUCAAAAUGGCCACGAAUAACAUUUGCUGACCCUGGGGGAGGGGGCGGUACAUUUAUACUGUACUCAUGUGCAAAGAAAUUUAUAUUUCCUUUAUAUGUUUGCCUUUACGACAAAAACCUGGAACGUCAAUGUGGCAUUUAAAAACUCAUGCACUGUUAAACAAAUGUUAAACAAGAACUCCCCCAACAAGCAUUUAUAAGGUUUCUUGCAAGGAAUGUAAUAUGUUUUAC